AUGUCCUUCAAGGGUGCAAAGGGUCGCGCCGCGAGUGGCAGGGGCUUUGGAAGCCCGGCGCCCUCUGGCUUCGGUGGAUUCUCCUCAUAUUCGACCAACAGCGGCAGCCUCUCGUACCUCUCCGAAGACCCUGAUUUGUCCUCGCUGUCAGAUCCGAAUAUCGUCGUCUCGUUCAAGAACCUCUUAAAAAAGGACAACACCACAAAGUCAAAAGCACUCGCAGACCUCAUCCAAUACACGCAGGCGCACCCUAAUGAGACAGAUGGGGGCGUGGAGGAGGCUAUACUGGAGGCCUGGGUCCGGCUCUACCCUCGCAUAUCAAUCGACAACGACCGCCGGGUCCGCGAGCUGUCCCACACACUCCAAGUCGAGCUGCUGAAGUCCGCCCGAAAACGGAUGGAGAGGAACCUGCCCAAGAUUGCAGGGCCUUGGCUGGCUGGUACAUACGACAAGGACAAGGCUGUCGCAAGAUGUGCGACUGAAGGCAUCUCGGCCUUCUUGAACACAGAAGACAAAUUGACCCUUUUCUGGAACAAGUGUCAAGCACAGAUCCUCCAAUAUGCGACCGAUGCAAUCACCGAGACCCCCGACACGUUGAGCGACGAGCGUUCUACCAAGCCAGAAGACGCAGAAGCGAAAUACUACCGUGUGAUCGCUGCAAGCUUUUCUCUGGUCCAUGGCCUCCUCGAGAGGCUCUCAGGCUCGGGCAUGGAGAAGCAUCGCACAGAGUACGAGACGUUCUUCACAUCUGGCCCGGGCGAUAAUGCAUGGGCCUUUGCAGUUGCCGACGAUACCCACGUUAGGAAGACGGUCUACCAGUUGCUGCAGCUCUGCGCCGAGACCCAUUGGGAUCUGAUUGAAUCAGACAUGUCGCGUAUUGGCAAGAUCUUGACAUCAGACGCCCUGAAAAAGUCACAGCUGGGCUCUGCAGCCGAAUUGCUCACGACCUUGACCAUUGUGACACGCAAAGACAAGGAGCUUUGGGGCACAAAAAAGUCGCCCCUUCUCCUUGACACUGAGUGGGACAGGUUGGCUCAGGUACUCGUGGCUCGGAUUUCGAAUUCCCUGCCUGAAGUCUCGAAAGAGUUCGACGCAUCCCAGAAGAAACUUGCAGAGGAUGGUGCCCGGUGGUUCUCCGUCGUUAGUACCAUCCAAAGAGAUGUCAAAGCAGUGCCAAAACAGAGUGCGAGCGAUGAAAUACCUGACCACACCGAAGCCUCAUCCUGCACCGUCAUUCAGAACGCCACAGAUCUUCUAAGGCGACGGAACUACAAGCCAUUUGGCGCAGCUGCAAUCCUACAGUCAGCCAUCAAGUUGACGCCACACCUCUUUAACAUAAGCGACGCAUCCUACCUGCAGUCCUUGAUCCCAACUGACUCUGACGAAGACAUGCAGAAGAUUUACAUCACACUCCUGAUUUCACAUGUUUUGGCAAAGCCUCUGGCACAGGACAACCUCGCACUACAAGACUAUGUCAAGACUCGGGUCUUGGCCAGCGCGAGUUCACAGGACAUAUGUUCGCAGCUUGUCGAUGCACUCAGCUCCGAGAAUGAAUCUAGUAUCCUGGCCUUGGAGAUGAUACUGAAGAGCAAGCCUGCAUCCCUUUCAGAGGACGACGCUCUACAUCUCAACCUUGUCACGAAGCUCCUCUCCAUGAUGGAGGUGGCAGACUCGACAGUCUCGUCAAGAGCCACUCAGCUACGAUCAAUGUUGGAAGGACACGUUGAUGCCCAGCCGUCCAUCCUGAGCAUAAUCCAGGACAAUUUGGAACGCCCGGGGUCAGGAUCCUUGGCUAUUGACACUCUUGUACAACAGGCCAGGUCUGUGUCGCUGUCUGAUGGGGUGGAUGUGGAGCAACUAUUCCCGAACACGAAUGUCUGGAUGCAGGAGCUUCUGCAGCUGCUGCAAUUCGAGCUCAGUCCUUCACUGGCACUGACGAGCAACAUUCUCGGGGCCUACUUCCUUCCUCAAGGCACCAGCAAGUCCAGGCCGCGAGUUCAGCGUGACCAAAGAGGGCUUUCCGUUCCAGCUCGGAUGGCCAUGUAUACAGUGGCGCUUAUUGAGAGCGGUUCUGAACUCGGGACUCUUGCCCAGAAAUUCCAGGCGGAACUGUUAUAUCUGCUAUACCUCGUUGCAGAAGUGGCAUCUGAUCAGAUUACCCUCAUGGAAGAGAAUGUCUUGUUGGGCUCCCUCAGAGAGCCAUCCCUCCUGAAAGAAAUCGAAGAUCUGGUCUCUACAACGAGGAGAUUGGUCAACAACAUCUUUACUGAGUCUCCUCAAUGGCGGCCCGGAGGCACCGAAAAAGGCCUGCGUGAUGAGCUGAUUGACAUAAUGAUUCAACAGUCAAAAGAGCUCACGCCCAUUGCUCUUUAUAGUGCUCGGGCAUUGAGCGAGAUAUUCGCAGCUUUCUCAGACGCCCACGGCCAGGAGGCGGUUGUCGAGGACUGGCUGGCUGCAAUCGACGUUAUGAAGGCGACUCACACGACGGUCUUCCCCGCCGUUGCCCUCUUGACGGGCUACGGCGAGGCGCUUGCAAACUCCAAGAUUGUCUCAAAUCUUCUCAACCGGCUUGUCAGUGAUAUUGCUGGUGCCUCAACUCAGUCGGACAAGACGGUCCUGACCUUAGUUCUGCUGAACGCUUGUAUGCCAAUCUAUGAGCUUGGCCAGCUUCCGGUGGCGAACAAUCGUCUUGUCUUCGCGGUGAAGCAAAUCACUUCCUGGACGGGGCAGCCAGUUGUGGAUCUAAGUGUGGGCAUCGUCACAGAGAGCUGCAGAGCGUUGCAGCGAUUACUGCCAUGUAUUCGCGAAGUCUACGGUCCCUAUUGGGAGCAGUCGAUCGAGUUCUGCCUCGCUCUGUGGAAGCGUGCUGGCAGAGGCAGCAUCGAGAAGCACUUGCCGUACAUUCACGCGUCCGUCAAGCUUAUGUCUGGCCUUUCCGCUAUUGAAGAUCCCAAUGAUGAUCUUGUCGACGCUCUCAACGCCCACGCGGAGUCACGAAACCACGCUCUUUUGGAAUUGUUGAAGCUUCCCCGACCCGAGAUAACUUCGCAACCAGGAGCAAUGGUAGAUGCCCUGCUCUGUCGUGAAGCGGGGAAGAUUCCGUUGGAGCAUCUCAAAGAUCUGUCGGAGGUCUACGGCUUGGUGGCAUCCGACUCACGAGACAUACAGUCAGCUGGCUUCAACCUGCUCCACCGAGCGCUUCCAGCCGCCCAGGAAGAACUCUCGCUAGACGUUCUAAUCGAAAAGAAGCAGGCCAAGCUCCCUGAUGAGCUCAUGUCUCUCCUUCUCGAUGCACCGACGCUCGAGGCCUACCCGGAGGAGGUUCUGGUUCAGUUCCCCACAGCCAUCAGGUCCUAUCUUCUAUCAUGGAAGCUCAUCUUCGACGCUUACCAAGGCUCUGCGCACAAGUUGCGGGAGGAUUACACGGAGCAGCUCAAGACCUUGGGAGCCAUCAAUCCACUCAUGGAAUUCACCGUUGACGUGUUGGGGCACUCAGCUGCUCACGCCAUCAACCUCGACAAGAUUGGCUUCUCAUCCCUUGACAUUCAAGAUUAUGACAUCAAUGUUGGCGACUCUCUGCCGGAGGAGAAGAACAUGCAGUGGCUUCUAAUCCACCUGUUCUACCUGUCGCUCAAGUACGUGCCGGGCCUGUUCAGGACGUGGUUCAUCGACUGCAAAUCCAGGCAAACCAAGAACGCCAUCGAGCCAUGGACAGAGAGAUGGUUCUCGCCCAUCCUGAUCCGCGACGUCAUGGAGGAAGUGGAGACUUGGUCCAAGUCGCAGGUGGCCGACCCGGACGAGCACGAGUUCGUGAUCAAGGUGAACCAGAAGGCGCGUGAGAUCACAGCAGCGUACCCGAUCGACGACGGCGACGAGGAGCAGUCGGCAUCGCUGCUCCUGCAGAUCAGCGCCAACUUCCCCAUCGGCAACGUCAAUGUGGUGGGGCUCAACCGUGUGGCUUGCAACGAGCGCACGUGGCAGUCGUGGGUGCGCACCACACAGGGCAUCAUCAUCAUCUCCAACGGCAGCAUCGUGGAGGGCCUCGGCGCGUUCCGCCGCAACGUGGUCGGCGCUCUCAAGGGCAACGUCGAGUGCGCCAUCUGCUACAGCUACAUCUCGGUCGACAAGCGCAUGCCCGACAAGCGGUGCGCCACCUGCAAGAACUUGUUCCACCGCGACUGCCUGUACAAGUGGCUCGAGUCGGCCAACCAGAACACAUGCCCUCUGUGUCGGACGAGGAUGGAUUUUGUGGACAAGAAGAAGCCACGGAGGAAUGUGUGA